ACAUUGUGAGGAGAUUUUCCCAUUUCUGUCAAAACUUAAAAUACACCUAAAAAUGCACACAGGAGAGAAUCGGUAUUCCUGUACUGAUGGUGGGAAGAAUUUCACAUCAUUAAAGGCUCUAACAGUUCAUCAGAGAGUGCAUACAGGAGAAAAGCCUUACUCCUGCUCUGACUGUGUAAAAUGCUUCACAACAUCAACUGAGCUAAAAGUUCAUCACCGAACACACACAGGAGAGAAGCCUUACUCCUGCUCUGAUUGUGGAAAGAGUUUCUCUCAACUGGGCACCUUAAAACAACAUGAACGUAUACACACAGGAGAGAAGCCUUACUCCUGCUCUGACUGUGGAAAGAGGUUCUCUGUACUGGACCACUUAAAAACACAUGAACGUAUACAUACGGGCGAGAAGCCUUACUCCUGCUCUGACUGUGUAAAAUGCUUCACAACAUCAACUGAGCUAAAAGUUCAUCAGAGAACACACACAGGAGAAAAGCCUUACUCCUGCUCUGAUUGUGUAAAAUGCUUCACAACAUCAACUAGGCUAAAAGUUCAUCAGAGAACACACACAGGAGAGAAACCUUACUUCUGCUCUGACUGUGCGGUGAGUUUCUCUCUACUGGGCCACUUAAAACGACAUGCACGGAUACACACAGGAGAGAAGCCUUACUCCUGCUCUGACUGUGGAAAGAGUUUCUCUCUACUGGGCCACUUAAAACGACAUGAACGUAUACACACAGGAGAGAAGCCUUACUCCUGCUCUGACUGUGGAAAGAGUUUCUCUCUACUGGGCCACUUAAAAAGACACCAACAUAUACAUAAGGGAGAGAAGCCUUACUCCUGCUCUGACUGUGGAAAGAAUUUCUCUCGACUGGGCCGCUUAAAAACACAUGAACAUAUACAUACAGGUGAGAAGCCUUACUCCUGCUCUGAUUGUGUAAAAUGCUUCACAACAUCAACUGAGCUAAAAGUUCAUCAGAGAACACACACAGGAGAGAAGCCUUACUCCUGCUCUGAUUGUGUAAAAUGCUUCACAACAUCAACUGGGCUAAAAGUUCAUCAGAGAACACACACAAAAGUUAAGCUUUACUCCUCUUUUGACUAUGGGAAGAGUCUCAACUGAACGACUUAAACAACAUGAACAUAUUCACAGGAGAGAAUCUUUUCUCCUGCUCUGACUGUGGAAAGCGUUUCUCUCGAAUGGGCCAGUUAAAGAGACACCAAGGUAAACAUAAAGGAAUUGAAUUGGAUCAUUGAAUUGGAUCAAAUGAAUAAAGUGUAGAACACUCUAUUGUAAUACUAUUGUUUCUCACUGUGAGAGAACAAUGCAGAGGAAAGGGAGUGUUAUAGAAUGUUAGCCUCUCUUUACUUUACUGAUCAGUGUGCACCUGGUCAGUUUUGGUUAGUUUUGUUAGCUUCUACUGUGAGGAUAUAGAGAGGACGUUGUAUUUGCCCUUAGGGUUGAAUAUCCUGUGAGGUGUCUCACAAUGGAUUCUGAUGGUUGACUGGGUGGUACUGCUUCCCUCUGCAGUUUCCUGUGUGAAUGAGCUAGUAGACACAACCUACACUGAGUGUACAAAACAUUAUGGACAGCUGUUCUUUCCAUGACAUAGACUGACCAGGUGAAACCUAUGAUCCUUAAUGAUGUAGUUUUUUGUGUAUGUAUUAUGGAUCCUCAUUAGCUUUCAGCAAAAAUCAACAAACUGCGGUUGCAGUGGGCUAAGGAAUGAAAACACUGGACUGGAAAAUGUUAAAACUAUUGCCUGGUCUGAUGAAUGCCUGUUCCUGCUGUUUCAUGCUGAUGGGAGGACUAGGGUAUGGAGGAAACCAUGAGUACAUGUAUCCAUGCUGAUGGGAGGACUAGGGUAUGGAGGAAACCAUGAGUACAUGUAUCCAUGCUGAUGGGAGGACUAGGGUAUGGAGGAAACCACGAGUACAUGUAUCCAUGCUGAUGGGAGGACUAGGGUAUGGAGGAAACCAUGAGUACAUGUAUCCAUGCUGAUGGGAGGACUAGGGUAUGAGUACAUGUAUCCAUGCUGAUGGGAGGACUAGGGUAUGGAGGAAACCAUGAGUACAUGUAUCCAUGCUGAUGGGAGGACUAGGGUAUGGAGGAAACCAUGAGUACAUGUAUCCAUGCUGAUGGGAGGACUAGGGUAUAGAGGAAACCAUGAGUACAUGUAUCCAUGCUGAUGGGAGGACUAGGGUAUAGAGGAAACCAUGAGUACAUGUAUCCAUGCUGAUGGGAGGACUAGGGUAUAGAGGAAACCAUGAGUACAUGUAUCCAUGCUGAUGGGAGGACUAGGGUAUGGAGGAAACCAUGAGUACAUGUAUCCAUGCUGAUGGGAGGACUAGGGUAUAGAGGAAACCAUGAGUACAUGUAUCCAUGCUGAUGGGAGGACUAGGGUAUGGAGGAAACCAUGAGUACAUGCAUCCAGUGGUGGAAAAAGUACCUUCAUAG